UAAUCACAUUUUAUUAUUAUUACUCCUUCCUACCAAGUACUGUAGUUUUAACCUAAACUUUUGUCUGCAAACAAAAACUACAAGAAAAAAUAAUAAUUAUACUUUCUACCAACAAUCUGGUAUUUUUUUCUCCUGUCGUUGUUCAACAAUAAAAAAUGACGUUGAAGCCAUGAUUAGUUUCCCUUGACGACAUGUGGAAAACGGGACCAUAACCUUUGAGGACAAAAGCACUUACGCACGACAUAACAACUGUGCAUAGGUUUCGUUAUCUGCACAGUACAAAGGAAGCAACGAAGAAGCAUGUUCAAGACUAAUAUAUAACCUUCCUAUCAGUUUCCGUGCUUUUCUUGCAUUACUUUUCAUAUUAUAAUAAUAUUAGUCCAACAAUUAUGUCUCAUUCAUUCAAGUUCUUCUCUUUUUCCUCUUUGCUUAUAAAUACCACCACCAACUCUCCCCAAUUCCCUCACAGAAAAACUAGUAUCCACAACACUUUUCUCUCAGUUUCUAGCACGGAAGAACGAAGAACAUCAUGGGAAUCUGCACAUCUACUGAAUACUCAGUCAAAGGUGGAAACCAGAGUUGGCAAUCCAUGGUGAACAUAGUGAAAAUAGAUGGAAGGUUGGAGCAACUGAAGGAGCCAAUUAAAGCAUGGCAUGUCUUGUCUGAGAACCCAAACUGCUACAUCUGCUGCUCGGAAACCAUGUAUGUUGGAUCACCAAUGCUUCCUGUGCCUCCGACGGAAGACCUUCAAUUGGGUCUCGUAUACUUCCUCGUCCCACUUUCCAAAUCCCGUGUUCCACUCUCUCUUCAGGACUUGGGGGCACUAGCCAUCAAGGCUAAUGCAGCUCUAGCUUCAACUGCAACACCUAACUACCCAAUCUUAAAAGCUAAUCCACAAAAGAAAUUCCGUACGCAUCCUACACUUUCAAACGUUUCUCUGGGGUAUUCCCAUUAGAUUUUGGAAAGUGGGUUUGGAAAUUGCAUGUGUGAUAUCUUCACACGUGUUGUGAAAUCUGAGGAUUUAUCUGCUGGAUGUUGAUGGUGAAGUCAAGAGACAAGCUAGAUAUGUUGCAGACUUGCAGUUUCAAAUUUCUGCAGAAACUUUCAUGAAAUACAACGAAGAAUUACAUAUGAUGGGUGAAUUGAAAGUUAACAUUUUCAAGGGAAUUAAGAUGACGAAGACCAGAUUAUCGAUCAAUUCCUACUCUGAAGAUACGCAUGUGAAAUGGACGAGACUUCAUAAUUAAGCCAAAAUGAAAUCUGUAUGCUAGAAACCUAUGCUGGCUAAUAAACAUUUGUGUCAAAUAGUUAUCUAGACUUAAAUUUUUGACCUAUGGGGUUGUCUAUAUGUCUGUACAUAAGCUUUUUGAGAUAAUUGAAUUUAUGUUGUUGUGUUUUA